AGUAAGUGAUUAACAAUAAACAAACAUCAUAAUUCAUAAUGGUAGUAGGUGUUGGAUUUUUGUGCUAUAUUUGAUACAAUAAGUGGCUCAUUUCGAUGCUUCUCUGUUCAUCAUUCAUUCACUCACUCUCUGUGUUCAUUCUCUCUCUUUUUUCUUAUUCCAGACAGACUUAGCUAGUUGAAGAAACAAGCUCAGGUUUCAAGUGCAGCAGCCUCUUCCCAACAAACAAGAUAUAUAACAAUCUUUAGGUUCGAUUUCUAUGGCUGCUUCAUUGAAAGAAAUGACUUCUGACUUUGUUAAGUUGGAAAAGUUUAAUGGGGGAAAUUUCAUCCGCUGGCAAAAGAAGAUGAAGUUUCUUCUUACAACAUUGAAAGUGGCAUACGUUCUGAACAUGGCAAGGCCUGAGGACAAGGAUGAUGAAACCGUUGCUGAGACAAGAGACAGGCAGAAAUGGGACAACGAUGAUUACAUCUGCUUAGGACACAUCCUGAAUGGUAUGUCUGACUCUUUGUUCGAUAUCUACCAGAGCAGCCCUUCUGCAAAAGACUUAUGGGACAAAUUGGAAACCAGAUACAUGCGUGAAGAUGCAACAAGACACUUCAAGAAUGAAUGCAGGUUCUUUAAAAAGAAGAACAAAGAAAAGAAUUCAAGGGCAACAAAUGAUGAUUUUGUUGCGGUCAUUUCUGAAAUCAACAUGAUUGAAGAUGUUGAUUCAUGGUGGAUAGACUCUGGUGCUACUCGCCAUGUGUGCAAAAACAAGAAAAUGUUCAAGACCAUCAAUAAAGAUGUGAGUGUUUUGUACAUGGGAAAUGAUUCAACUGUGCAAGUCCAAGGAAAAGGGACCAUAGAGAUUGAAUUCACUUCUGGAAAAACACCCACUCUUAAAGAUGUAUUUUAUGUUCCUGAAGUUGGGAAGAACUUGAUUUCUGUACCAUUACUUAAUAAGAAUGGGUUCAAAUCUGUAUUUGAGGGAGAUAAAUUUAUCCUCUCAAAGUGUGUGUUUGUAGGAAAGGGAUAUUUGUGUGAGAAUAUGUUCAAAUGUAAUGUUGCAAAUAUUAAUAAUAAUAAUAAUAAUAAUAAUAUGAUUUCUGCUUAUAUUGUUGAGUCUUGUGAUUUAUGGCAUAUGCGAUUGGGACAUAUUAAUUUUAGAAAAUUGGAGGAUAUGAUGAAAUCAAAUCUAAUUCCUAAUUUUGAUAAAAAUUUUGAUUCAUGUACUACUUGCAUGUUGACUAAAAUUACAAGACAACCUUUUAAAAGUGUUAAAAGAAGUUCUAGGGUGCUAGAUUUAAUUCAUUCAGAUGUAUGUGAUUUACAUGGUUGGCCCACCAUUGGUGGUAAAAAGUAUUUUGUUACUUUCAUUGAUGAUUGCACUCGAUUUUGUUAUGUUUAUUUAAUGCAUUCAAAAGGUGAAGUUUUAGAUAAAUUCAAAAUAUUUAAAGCACAAGUAGAACUUCAACAUGAAACUUUCAUUAAAUGCUUUAGAAGUGAUAGGGGAUGAGAGUUCUAUCAUCCGAGUUAUUUUGAAUCCACUGGUAUUGUGCAUCAUGUAACUGCACCAUACACCCCACAACAAAAUGGAAUAGCAGAAAGGAAGAAUAGAACUUUGGUAGAAAUGGUUAAUGCCAUGUUGUCCUAUUCUGGAUUAUCUAAAGGAUAUUGGGGUGAAGCAAUGCUAACAGCAUGUUACAUCCUAAAUAGGGUUCCAAACAAAAGGAAUAAAAUAACCCCAUAUGAACUUUGAAAACAAAGAAAAAAGCUUACUCUUAAUUAUUUGAAAGUUUGGGGUUGUAGAGCAAUUGUGAAAGUGCCUGAACCAAAAAGAAAGAAAUUGGGUGAAAGAGGAAUUGAAUGUGUAUUUUUAGGCUAUGCAGAAAAUAGCAAAGCAUAAAGAUUCUUGACUAUUGAAUCGAAUGACUCAUAUUCUGUUAAUACAGUAAUUGAGUCAAGAGAUGCAAUUUUUCAAGAAGAUAGAUUUAACUCAAUUUCUUAUCCCAAGGAUAUUGUUCAUUCUAAUGUUCAAAAUUUAGAAAACAAUGAAUCUGAUAUAGAUACAUUGGAUGGUUCAGAACUUAGAAGAAGUAAGAGGAUCCGGAAAGAGAAAGAUUUUGGAUCUGAUUUCUUCAUGUUUCUUGUAGAAGGAACAGGUAAAUCCAUAAAUAGUUAUGGACCAAUUUGCUUUAACCUUGAGAGUGAUCCGGUAACAUAUGAAGAGGCUAUAAAAUCUCAAGAUUCAGCUUUUUGGAAAGAAGCUAUUCAAGAAGAAAUGGAUUCAAUUAUGGGUAAUAAAACUUGGAAAGUGGUAGAUCUCCCACCCGGAUCCAAACCGAUAGGCUGUAAAUGGAUCUUUAAAAGGAAAAUGAAAGUGGAUGGUACCAUUGAUAAAUUCAAGGCUAGACUAGUUGCUAAAGGAUUUACGCAAAAAGAAGGCCUUGAUUAUUUUGAUACAUAUGCACCUGUUGCAAGAAUUGCAUCAAUCAGAAUGCUAAUUGCACUGGCAUCCAUCCAUAAGUUUGUAAUCCAUCAAAUGGAUGUUAAAACUGCUUUCCUAAAUGGAGAGUUGGAUGAAGAGGUAUAUAUAAAACAACCGGAAGGGUUUGUGAUCAAAGGUCAAGAAGAUAAAGUGUGUAAAUUAACUAAGUCUUUAUAUGGGUUGAAACAAGCACCCAAACAAUGGCACCAAAAGUUUGACCAAGUUGUGUUAGCCAACGGAUACAUCAUAAAUGAAUCUGACAAGUGUAUUUACAGUAAAUUCCAAAAUGGAAAAGGUGUCAUGAUUUGCUUAUAUGUAGAUGACAUGUUGAUCUUUGGUACAAGUAUAAAUGAGGUUGAAGAAACUAAAGCUUUCUUAUCCAACAAUUUUGAUAUGAAAGAUUUAGGAGAAGCUGAUGUGAUUUUAGGAAUUAAAAUCAUAAGAGAUGGUAACCAUAUUGGUUUAUCCCAAUCUCAUUACAUAGAAAAGGUGCUUCAGAAAUUCAAUCAUUUAGAUUGUAAACCGAUCUCUACCCCAUUUGACCAAACUGUCAGUUUGCAACCAAGUAAAGAACACUUGCACGCUGUGAAAAGAGUAUUAAAAUACUUAAAGGGAACAAUGAAUUAUUGUUUAACAUAUAGUGGAGACCCUUCUGUUUUGGAAGGAUACACAGAUGCUAGUUGGGUAACGUAUGUUGAAGAUCAUGCUUCCACAAGUGGAUGGAUCUUCAACCUUGGUGGAGGUGCAGUUUCUUGGGGUUCAAAGAAGCAAACAUGCAUUGCCGACUCCACCAUGGCUGCAGAAUUUAUUGCAUUGGCUGCAGGGAGUAAAGAGGCAGAAUGGCUAAGAAAUUUAUUGUAUGACAUACCAGUUUGGCAAAAGCCAAUGGCGCCAGUAUCCAUACAUUGUGAUAGUCAAUCCACACUAUCAAAAGCUUAUAGCCAAAUUUAUAAUGGGAAAUCAAGGUAUAUUGGUUUAAGACAUAGCUAUGUAAGAGACUUGAUUUCUAAUGGAAUAAUUUCCAUCAUGUUCGUAAGAACAGAGAAGAAUCUUGCAAAUCCUUUGACGAAAGGUCUGACAAAGGAUAUGGUGUUGAAGACAUCAUUGGGGAUGGGACUCAAGCCCAUAUCUAAUUGA